AGUUCAGUGAACAUUGCAACGUGCGAUUGACACAAGAACCCAAAAAAAAUAAAAUCAGACAGAAACGGAAAAAUCCGUCACUCUUAACAACAGAAUCUUUGGAGCCUGUGUGGCGGGCCAUCAAAUGCUCUUUCUCUUCAAGGGAGGGAAGAAAAAGAGGUCUCAACAUUUCAAUUCUUCUGCUCGAUUUCAACCAACACAACAGAAAAGGGAAGUCUAUAAUUCUUUCCUUGCCCCCAUAUAUUGGCCAUUAUCUGCACUGCAGCAACCAUUUCUAAACUUUCCCAUCACACAUUCUGAAUGAAGUUUUUUGUGUGUUGUUGAAUUAGUCCGGCUGCGAUGGCGGGUGGUGGUCGCAGUCCUAACAACCUGCAUUGGAAGAAAGAGUUGACGCAAAUCCGCAAGGCUGCGACUGCUAGAGUGCUGAGGGACCCUGGGACCUCCUCAUCCACCAAGAAUGGCCGCGCUCAAGGUAACGUGUCUGGUUCUUCCUCUCACCACAUUUUGCAAAUAGGAACUAAUAAUACCUCUAAAAAUGCUAGUGAGAGGGAAAAGGGGAGAGUGUAUUUGUGUAAUUGGAAGAAUCAGAAAUCUGAGAGUGAAAGGAGUAAACAGAUUGGUGAUGAUGAUGUUGAGGGGUCUUCUUCUACUCAAGAGGGGAGCUUCCAAGUCGGUAGCUUCAACACUGUGAGGAAUGAAGGUGGACAUGAUUCCAAGAGUGAUGGAUAUCAGAGUGAUAGGUUUACUGCAUCAUUUUUCAGAUGCAUAGAGUCGAGUUUUACGCCGUCUAUUAGGCGCAUCAGGAAGAAGAAAUCAAAGAGGUCUAAUUAUUCUAGUCCUAGUUCAGGGCAAAGAUUGCAAAUGAGGAUGUUAUUGAGUAGAUACACGAAAAAUGCAAUGGAUGAUUCGCCCAGUGUUGGGUUGGGGAGGGAGGAUUUACUGAGUUUGAUUGAUCAGUCUUAUGAAAAUGGAGAUUAUUGCAAUUCUGAGGAUUUAGGGAGAGAUUCUGCAGUCUCACAUUUGCUUGCUAGACUCAAGAAUAGUAAGGGUUGGUCUUGUCCUCCUGUGAAGAUGGUGAGGGGUCGUAGGAAAGAGGAUGAUUCUGUUUCAUUUAGCACACAAGCCUUGUCGACACGCUCUUAUAAUAGAUAUGCAAUCAGGAAUGCUAGUACGGUUGAGUCUUGGGACGCCACAACCGGAUCAUUGAACGAUGGGGAUGAUGAGGUGGAUGAUCAGUUGGACUUUCCUGGGCAGCAAGGAUGUGGAAUUCCUUGUUACUGGUCUAGAAGGUCGACUCCUAGGUCUAGAAACGGGAGUUCCUGCUCUCCGUCUCUUUCUGAUUCUCUGAGAAGAAGAGGGAGCAGCUUGUUUUGUGGAAGCCAGACCAUGUCUCAGAGAAGGCAUCACCGUGUGUCUUUGGGUUCCAACAAGAAGAGACUCGGCUCUAAGAUAGCAGCAGCUCAAGGCCUUGUUCCUCUUCUUGGCAACAGUGCUGAUGGCCUUAGUGGAUCAUCUGUGAGAAGCAGGGACAGUGAUGAUGAGCUCUCAGCAAAACUAGUUGAACUUGAUUUGGAAGGCUUGAGCCGUCUGGUUAGAAGGAGGCAGUCUUCAAGUUGUACGAGUCUAGAAGGGCUAGAGUUAGUAGCUUUGAAUGGGGAAGUACAUAAAGAAGGUUCUGAAAAUAUCAAAAGCCUGAGCCAUAAAUAUAGGCCAAUAUGUUUUACGGAUUUAAUCGGGCAGAGUAUAGCUGUUCAAUCUCUUAUGAAUGCAGUUUUGAGAGGGAGGAUUGCCUCCGUUUAUCUAUUCCAAGGCCCUCGUGGAGUUGGAAAGACAUCAAUGGCUAGGAUUUUUGCUGCUGCUUUGAAUUGCCUUGCCACUGAAGAACGUAAGCCAUGUGGCGUCUGCAGGGAAUGUGCUGAUUUCUCAUCUGGAAAGAGCAGAUUUAUUGAAGAAGUUGAUGGCUCCAAGAAGAAAGGAAUCGAUGGACUGAAAAAUGUCUUGAGAAACAUAUCAGUGGUUCAUCCUCUGGGACUUCCACAUUACAAAGUUAUUGUCAUUGACCAUUGUCAUUUACUGCCCUCAAAAGCAUGGCUGUUGUUUCUUCGAGUUCUUGAAAAACCAUUGCCGUUUACUGUUUUCAUACUUGUAACAACUGAUAUCGACAAUGUGCCACGAGCUAUAUUGACCCGGUGUCAGAAGCACAUUCUCAACAAAAUUGGCAAUGGCGAUAUUGUUACUCGACUAAGGAAGAUCUCCAUUGAUGAAAAUCUAGAUGUUGAAUCAAAUGCAUUAGAGCUGAUUGCUUCGAAUGCAGAUGGUUCUCUACGUGAUGCUGAAAUCAUGCUGGACCAGUUGAGUUUAUUUGGGAAGCAAAUUACUAAGUCCUUGGUGAAUGAGCUGAUGGGGGUUGUCUCUGAGGAUAAACUACUGGAACUUUUGGAAUUAGCCAUGUCAUCAAAUGCUACCGAAACUGUAAGAAAAUCCAGAGAAAUGAUGGAUUCAGGUGUCGAUCCACUAGUUCUAAUAUCUCAGUUGGUUACUCUUAUUGUGGAUAUUAUUGCUGGAACUCACCUGAGUGUUGAUGCAAAGCACGUUGAUUCAUUCUUUGGUGGGAAAACUUUGACCGAAAGAGAAUUACACAGAUUGAAACAUGCAUUAACACUACUAUCAGAGGCAGAAAAGCAUCUAAGAGUUUCGAGUGAACGAUCAACCUGGUUCACAGCAACUCUAUUACAAUUAGGUUCUAUGUCUUCUCCAAAUCAAACUCAGUCCACAAGUAGUCGAGGGCAGAAAUCCAAGGCAACUGAAGAGGACUGUGUAAGUAUGCCUGGAGAAGCGACUGCUGAACAAUUUGCACCUGAAAAGUCUGCUUCUCCCAUAUCCUUUAUAUUUGCUGAUCAUUGCAAUUCUACAAGCAAACUCGGACCAACUCAACACACCAAUCAGAGUCAAUUUAACGAUGGUAAAAGUUGGACGGCGUCACAUGAUGAUUGUCCAAGCAGGAGAACCACUUUGACGUGCGUGGAUUCAGAGAUGUUGACUAGCAUCUGGCUACUAUGUAUCGAGAAAUGUCAUUCUAAGACACUGAGGCUACUUCUUCAUUCAUAUGGGAAGCUUGUUUCAAUAUCGGAAACGAAAGGUGGUUUUAUUGCUCACAUUGCAUUUGAGGAUAGUGAUAUCAAAACCAGAGCACAAGGCUUUCUUAGCAGCAUCACUAACUCAUUUGAAGUUGUUUUACGAUGCAAUGUGGAGGUUAAAAUAAGUCUGCUACGGGAUUCUUUGGAUCAUAAGCUGACAAACGAGAUUCUAAUAAACAGGGAAAACAAGUCAACACGCUCAAAUGCUACAGGAGAUAACUCUGAUCUUGAUUUGCGUCUAGAUCUUUUGAAGGUAUCAAGAGAAAGCUUUGAAAGUAUGGAAGAUAGCAAGUCAGAUAUUCCUUUGCAGAGAACUGAAUCCAUCAUCCACGAGCAAAUAUCAAAAACUGCCUCUUUGCAAGCAUCGGACAAAGGAACGCCUCAAUCAACGAGCAAUAUGAGACCUGAAAGGAAUCAAGUUCUGCCACAGGAUGGAAUGGAUGUACCCUUGCAGCACUGGGGAGAUAAGUUGAAUCACGAAAUGAAAACACUGAAAAUGAACAACGAAGUGGCACCUCAGAAGGAACAGGUUGUUAAGAACAUGGAUCACUGUCCGAUUUCCCCGAGCUUGCUCCAUGAUAGCACCUUUGCCAGCAGUUCCAGCAAAGAUAACAAAGGCUACGAAUCUGGAUCAGGAGGCGGAGGUUGCAGUGGGAUGUUCUGUUGGAAUAACCGAAGACCACACACAAGGGGGAAGGCUAAAAAAGGCACCUCGGCUCAAAGAGGGCGAUUCUCUUUAUUAGGAGAGUGUGCGAAAUCGAGAACAGGCAACAGAAACAGUAGAUAAGAUAAAAGGAAGUUGGAAUUUCAUGCAACCCUUUAAUGUUUCACAGCAAUUAUCAUUUUUGUGUUUAUAGGAUUAUGUGAUCCUAGCCUUCUAUAUUCUGAAAAAACAUGGAGGCUGAUGAUGUAAAGUUGUUACAACUGGCCUAAGUUUGGCUUCACCCAAUUUUGUGGUGGAAUUAAUACAAAGCUAUUGGGGAGAUUUUCUUUCA